ACCUAACUAACAGCUAACAACACUCAGCCUCACUCACAUCCUCACCUCACGCCGCUUGCUCCUCCCUAAUCCCUCUCACUCUACCAAAUGAGCUCACGCCUGAAAGUAAAACUGUAAAAACCAGCGAUUGAUGUUCUAGUUUGAACUUUGAACCGUGACUGGCUGGCAGUGCCUCCCAGGCGGAACCUCCUCUCUCUCUCUCUCUCUGCCACAGGCCGACGCUCGCGGUUCGCUGGUUCGCCCGAGGUUUAGGUAUUUGGAUUGUGGCAACUUGGUGAGGGAACAUGAAGACAAUGUCAGCGAUUACCCAAUCCCAGCUCCUCCAAACUAUAACAACUAUCCUCACCUCCAGCAACACUCCACGGUUCCAUGCCCUUAACGCGUACAUUCCCCAUCUUACAGAGAGCCUGCUGAUCUCAAUCUUCUCAUCCAAAUCUCUGAAUUCCCAACCAACCACCCUCCUUUCCUUUUUUCAGUGGUCACAAACUCACACUCCCUCCCUCACUCAAUCUCCAGCCCUACUCCUCACUCUUGUUCCAUCUCUCCUUCGCCACAAUAAGUUCUCUGAUGUGAAGUCCCUUCUUGUCUCGUUUAUUGCCUCUGAUAGGCAAAACAAGCUCCACCAAGCCCUCCUCCAUCCUGAUCACACCCUUCCUAGACCUUCUAGAGCACUUCUUGAUACUUCUAUUGGUGCAUAUAUUGAGUCCGGGAAACCUCACCUCGCUGUUCAAAUUUUCAACAAGAUGAAGCGACACCAAUUUCGUCCCAAUUUGCUUACUUGUAACACACUUCUCAAUGCGCUGGUAAGAUUCCCUUCUACACAUACGAUUUCGAUGUCUCAGGGAAUUUUUAAGGAUAUGAUUAAGUUAGGGGUUAGCCCUAAUGUGAAUACUUUUAAUAUUUUGAUGCGCGGUUAUUGUUUCGAGAACAAGUUCAAGGAUGCUUUUGAGCUGUUGAGUAAAAUGAGUGAGUUUAAUUGUUUGCCUGAUAAUGUUAGUUACAAUACAUUAUUGGAUGCACUGUGUAAGAAGGGACAAUUGACAGAGGCUCGAAACUUGUUGUUGGACAUGAAAAAUAGAAGACUAAUGCCGAAUAGGAACACAUAUAAUGUCUUAGUUUGUGGGUAUUGUAAGUUGGGUUGGUUAAAAGAGGCAGCAAAGAUCAUUGAGUUGAUGACACAAAAUAAUUUGUUGCCUGAUAUCUGGACUUACAAUAUGUUGAUUAGUGGGUUUUGUAAGGAAGGCAGAAUUGAAGAGGCUUUUAGGCUUCGUGAUGAGAUGGAACGGUUGAAAUUGUUGCCUGAUGUGAUCACUUAUAACACAUUGAUCAAUGGGUGUUUUGACAUUGGGAAUAGUACAGAGGCAUUUAAGUUGAUUGAUGAAAUGAAUGAAAAGGGACUGAAACAAAAUGAAGUCACUCACAAUAUAUUGGUGAAGUGGUUUUGCAAGGAAGGCAAUAUGGAUGAAGCGUGUGAUACUGUACAGAAAAUGGAAGAAAGUGGAACUUCUCCUGAUUGUGUUACUUACAAUACUUUAAUUAACGGGUUUUGCAAAGCAGGGAAAAUAGAUGAAGCAUUUAGGAUGAUGGGUGAGAUGAAUAGGAAAGGUCUCAAGAUGGACACUUUUACUCUCAAUACUGUUCUACGUAUGCUGUGUGUCGAAAAUAAGCUUGAUGAGGCAUAUAAGUUGCUUAACAGUGCGAGUAGGCGAGGUUAUAUUGUCGAUGAGGUCAGUUUUGGAACAUUGAUGAUGGGUUACAUCAAGAAUGAAAAAGUGGACAGAGCUUUGGAGCUUUGGGAUGAAAUGAAGGAGAAGCAGGCUAUCCCCAGUAUUAUCACCUAUAACAGUAUUAUAGGAGGUCUAUGCCAGUCUAGAAAAACUGAUAAAGCAAUAGAUAAGUUAAAUGAAUUCUUAGAGAGUGGUCUAGUUCCGGAUGAAACAACAUACAACACUAUCAUUCAUGGUUACUGCCAGGAGGGCGAAGUGGAGAAAGCAUUUCAAUUCCACAACAAGAUGGUUGAGAAAUCAUUCAAACCUAAUGUGUUUACAUGUAAUAUUCUUCUUAAUGGACUUUGUAGAGAGGGUAUGCUUGAAAAGGCUUUGAGGCUUUUCAACACGUGGAUUUCAAAAGGAAAACAUAUUGAUGUUGUUACUUACAAUACAUUGAUAGCGAGUUUGUGUAAGGAAGGUAGAUUUGGCGAUGCAUUUGAUCUUCUUGUAGACAUGGAAAAGAAGAAAUUAGUGCCUGAUCAUUAUACUUACAAUGCAAUUCUCAGUGGACUUACUGAUGCCGAUAGAAUUAAGGAGGCUGAAGAGUAUUUGUCCAAAAUGAUAGAGAGUGGAAAAUUACCUGAGCAUUUCUUACAAAUGACUAAGGAACAAGACAUUGUGACCCAAGAAUUAUCUGUGGAGUCUGAUUCAAUAUCUGUUGGUUAUACGGAAAAGAUCAACCAACUUUGUUCUGAAGGGAAAUACAAGGAUGCCAUGCACGCCUUUGAUGAAUCUAAAAAGAAAGGAGUUGCUCUAAAUAAAUCGGUUUAUAUGAACCUGAUCAAUGGGCUAAUCAAGAGGCGUAAAAGCUUAUCUCGGUCUGUCAUGUUGUAGUAGACCAUGAUCGUUUUUUGCAGUGUCAUCCACUUUGUUCUACUCAAAAUUGUCAGAUGGACCAUAAUAAACAUUUGGUGUACUUAAAAGUGGCAUCUCGACCAUACUCAACAAUUCUAGGUACAAUCUUUAUUUAUUUAAAAGAAAAAGGAAUUUGAAUUGUAACAUAUGGUUCGGUGGUUGUAACCUGAUUGUUUUUUUUUUCCUUCAAAGAAUUGUUAUGGCACUCGAGGCAAAUCAACCUAUAAUAUUUUCUUUUUUUUUUUUUGAAAAAUCAUGUGUUUAGAAUCUAUACUGGUAAGCUCUUUGUAAGUUGACUGCUUUUUUUUUUUUUGUGACUAUAUUGAUGCCAACUUCUGUUUACUUCCGUGACAACUUUUGUUUUUGUGACUAUGAAAGUAAUUAAAGAUAUAUUUCUUGCAGAGAAGAUUAGAUUACUGAUGUUUGUGGCAACGUUAUAUCUCAUAACAAAGUGUCACACUAUUCAUUCAUCUCAUCACUUAUAGUAUUAACUUUUAAACUUUUAACUCCUAGAAUAUUUGGGGACUUUGCAGGUAAUUGGUAGCUAAUAUCACAGUAAUAUCAGUCCAUUACAGGAUCUCCAUUUUACCUAAUUGGGUAUGAGUCGAUUUAAAUGUCUGAAUCUCUUUCAUCCAAAUUUAUUUAGUGUAAUGUAGUUUCUAUUUCAAUGUGAAAUACUUUGAGAGCUCCAGAUUGUUGAAUGCUUUCAUGCAGCUGUUGUGGUCCAUAUUGGUCCAUGAAUUUGGCAUUCUAUGCUCCAUACCACCCACCCACCAUCUUAGUCAGCUGUUAGUGUGCAAAUAGAGAGGGACAGGAGGAUCAAAAUGAUGUGGACAGCAACCCUCCUUGCUAUUCUCUGGGCUGUUGGCUAGAAAGGAACAACAGUCUUUGAAGAUAAAGAAGUGGCUGUAGAAGAUAUGUGGGAGAAGGUCAAAUUUUGGGUGGCAAUUUGGGGGAUUAUCUUUCCUGGAUCUCGCCAGAGAUUGGGAAAACUUUUCUUGUAUUAUAAAUUUUUAGCUUGUGUUUAAUGUUUUGCUUUAUGUUUCGUAUAUAAUUCCAUCUGGCUACUUCUGAGGUGAGAUCAUUUUGUAUAGGAAUAAUUGUGCUUAUUUUUAUUAUUUUAUUUAUUCAAUUUUUUUUUU